AUGUCCAAGAUUCUCGACAGUUUUGGCAACGACGUCGCCAAAUCACUGCGUGCCAAGAAACGACGACUUCGGAAACGCCUUCGCACAUCAACCAAAGCUAUUACAAAUAAGAUGUCGGGCUUGGAUGAAUCCUUGCUAGCCGAACGGCACAGAGUUACCGAAGAGUUUAAGAAACAAGUUACCUUCAUCACCGAACAAAUUGAAAACGACAUCCAAAAAGUGAAGAAGUCGGAAGAGAAGAUUACGAAAGCCCUUGUGCAAUACCAGAAGCGUCACCAGCAGCUCAUAGAAUGCAGUACCAUGAAGUUCAUGGUUUUGAGGUCAUUCUGGACUACCUACUCUGACGCAGCUAAAAAGAUGGAUGCCGAGCAGACAGCUCAACAGCAGAAACUCAACUCGGAAGUCGAGGACGAAAUCCUCGGCCUCCAGAAGAUUCUCACCGACGCUCAAGAGCACGAGAUAGUCAAGAUGCGCAGCAACCUGCAGAACAUCCUGAUGUAG